CACACACGCUGCACCAUGAUCAUCGCGCUGGUCGGCACGCCCUCAGCGGGCAAGCACACGAUACUGGAGUACCUAGUGGCCAAGCACGACUUUGUGCGGCUCGACCUGGCGCGGGGCGCUCCUUCCACGGCGCCAUCGUCGCUACACACGCCUGCAGACCUCGGCGCGCUGUCCCUCGGCGAGCCGACGACCUUUGCCUCGCCUGACGCGCUGCUCGACUACACGACGCGUAACUGGCAGCACAACUACGUCACCACUGCCCUCAGCACGCAUGCCGACGUCGAGCCGUUCCUCAAAAGGCCGUUCUUCCUCCUCGUUGGCGUCGACGGGCCGCUGCGGAGCCGCUUUGAGAGAGAACGCGCGAAGAAUGCCGCCCUCACGCUCGACGCGUUCGUCGACGCGCACGACGCGCUGCUUAACGGCAGCGUCGCCCCUCCUGCCCCCUCACGCGCCGACGGAGCCCUCGCCGCGCCGACGCCGACACAGGGCAAGGCGCCCGUAGGCGAAGUCGCGCGCUUGCCUACCCCCAGUCCUGCGCCGACCGACCUGGCGCGCGUGCUCGCCCUCGCCCAUGUGACCGUGUUCAACCGCUUCCCGACCGUGGCCGAGCUGUACGCGCACCUCGAUAAGCUCGACCUGCUCGACGAGCAGAGGCUGCGGCCUGGGUGGGACAUGUACUUUAUGACGCUCGCGUCCCUCGCCUCCCACCGGAGCAACUGCAUGAAGCGCCGUGUCGGCGCGCUGCUCGUCCGCUCGAAGCGUAUCGUGUCGACGGGGUAUAAUGGCACGCCGCGCGGCACGCGCAACUGCAACCAGGGGGGCUGUCCGCGGUGUAAUGGCCCCGCGAAGGGCGGCGAGUCGCUCAACGCGUGCCUCUGCCUCCAUGCCGAGGAGAAUGCGCUGCUGGAAGCUGGCAAGGAGCGGAUCGGCUCCGACAGCAUCAUCUACUGCAAUACCUGCCCCUGCCUCCUGUGCUCGGUCAAGAUCGUGCAGUGCGGCGUGAGGGAGGUAGUCUACAACCAGAGCUACAGUAUGGACGAGGCGAGCGCGCGUGUGCUCGAGGAAGGCGGGGUCGUGUUACGCCAGCUGCAUAUGCCAAACUUGAUGUUGUAG